AUGGAAUCUAAUCAUAAUGAACAAGAUAUUUAUGAAGGUCUCAUUAUGGCUAAGAAGCUAGCUACGAUGAUACCUACAUCUCUCUCGAUUGAUGACUUGUUCUUCGAUCAAGUAAAGAAACAAGUCAAAAAUAAUAAUUAUAUGGAUAAAAAUGUUUUUAUUCCUCCUUCACCUAGUGUGAGUUCAAUUGGCGCCGUGAAAGCGGAAACGCCAAAGCGGGAGACAAGUAAGUUUUCGUUCUUAUUAUCUAAAAAAUCGCGUAAAGUCGAAAACAAUGCUUCGCCUUCCAAAAUGCAUUAUGAGCUUCCCAAUACCUUCAAGCUCGGUACUGGAAUUGCAAAGCUCAGACCGAUCUAUGCAAUUUCUUUCCAGAACUUGAAUGAUGAUUCUGAUAAGAAUAAUAAUAACUUACCACAGCAUAUAAUCCAAGGAGCCGUUCAGGUCGAAAGCGAUUUUACUGAUUCCGAUGACUGA